AUGACUAAUCCAAUGAACGAUGAAUCUAUUUGGGAUUCUGGUGAAGAUGAGUCCGUAAUAGAUCCAGAGGUUCCCAUUGAUCGAACCAAAGUUGUUGAAACAUUGAAUUCACCUUCUGAUGAAAACAAUGAAUGGUCUCAUAUGAAUCCAGCUAUGUCUUACGAUGAAAAACAGAAUGUCCCAAAACAUGCUGCUCGUAGUUCUUUGUAUAAAGUAAAUGAAAAUAAGAAUACUUCUGGAAUUCCAUUUACAAAUGACAAUAACAGACGAGUUGACAAUACUCAUAUUCCAUACGAACCGCCAACAUAUUGUCGGGCACAUAUUACAUCUGAAAAUAUGGAUAUGGAAUGUCAAUAUAAAGAGGGUCAUUUAGACAAGAAUUAUAUACACACCAGUUGGAAUUGUUUUGUCAAUACUUCACAAAUUCAAUACUUGCCCAUACCGGAAGCAAAAAUGGAACAAAUAUCUGAAAAAGCUCAUCAAAAAAUACAUCGUGGUCUACGUGAAGGAUGUUUAGCUAUAGGGAUUGUAUUUUCAACAAUAUGUUUAUUUUGUAUUGAAUUAUUACGUAUGAUUACAUUAACUUUAUUUAAACCAUUUUUACAAUAUUUACGGUUUUUAUUACAUAUUAUUAUUAAUUGUUUUUGUGAUAUCAAUUAUAUAUGUAGUGCACAUUGGGAACGGUUUAUGUAUCCAAUCAUUAGUUCAUGGGCUACAUAUUCACAAGAUGUAAUUGUUCCUGUAAUACGUGAAUUUCGUCCAAUUCAAAUUAAUAUACAAUCAAAACCAAUAACAAAUCAUACAAUACAACAAUGUUAA